UGGCAGUGCUGUGUGCUUUUUCUCCUGAGGAGGAUUUCCAAAAGUUUCCAUUUGGAGUUUAACCGAUGUGUUUCUGUACGGUUUUGUGAGUGAAAAGUGUGCCCGCCAUGACUACCCACACAGGGUUGGAUUACAUUAUUGAGAAUAAGGAGUUUACGGACAAGUUUGCCACAGCUCUCGACAAAAGCAAUGUCGCAAGCAAGAAACAAGUGUUUGAGCUAUUGUCGGCCAUGUGCGUUUACUCAAAUCAGGGGUACGCACGCGCACUGGAGGCUUUGGAACACUACAAGACGACGAAAAAAUUACGGUACCGUUUCGGAGUGAUUUUGGAUGAGUUGAACAAAGAAGAAAGUAUAUCAUACCGAGCAGCUCUGUUGGGCUUCAUUAACUGUUUGAUAAUUUAUUCCAAGGACAUCGAGGACAGAGUUCGAAUUCGUAACGAGUUCAUCGGACUCAAACUUCUAGAGGUUUUAAACCGUCUUAGGUAAGUUCAGCACCACUACGUAGUUUUUAUGGUGUAUUUCCCUAUUUUUAGGAACUUGACGAUAUGCCCUACAUUGAUUUACUUUCCAAUUAAUGUGAGUAUAAUGAAUUAACUAAGUAACGCGUCCACCUGUCAACAGCACUACUGGAUUACUGGGCCAACAGGGCCCAGCUAUUUGGGUUUUAAGCCAUCGUGAUCAAAAGCAGCCUAACAUU